GGACCCGUACGUAGAUACAAACCUCCUCCUCUUCUUCUUGUUUCAUCUCUAGUUGGUUUCUGUCUUAAAACUCUCCGUCUCUCUCAGCUUUCAUCCCCGCCAUGGGAGAACUAGCUCAUCCUCCUCCUCCUCAGGAACUGCAACUCCACAUCGUGGGUGAUCAAGAAGCCAAAGAAGAGAACCCAUCCCACCCCACACGCAUCAUCACCAAUAAUCAAGCAACAAUAACCCCUAAACCCAAGAACUUCCAUUGGUGGGCUAGAGUGGCUCUCUACUCAUUCCUUCUGCUCUCUAGCCAGGCGGUGGCCACACUCCUUGGGAGGCAAUAUUACAGUGAAGGAGGCAACAGCAAAUGGCUUGCCACAGUUGUCCAGGUUGUGGGCUUCCCAAUCCUCUUCCUUCUCUAUUUUAUCUCCACAUCCAAACACCCCAAUAACCCUAAGAACCCCCACAUCCAAACAGACCCACGAGCUCGAUCCCAAUCGCAAUCGCCCUCCCUCAAAAGCCUUGCCCUUGUGUACAUCUCUCUUGGAACAAUUCUGGCAGUAAAUUGCUACUUAUACUCAGUUGGCCUCUUGUACCUACCUGUCUCCACCUACUCCCUUAUUUGCUCCUCCCAAUUGGCGUUCAAUGCCCUCUUCGCCUUCUUCUUAAAUGACCAAAAGUUCACGCCCUACAUAGUUAACUCCCUAGUGUUGCUCACAAUCUCCUCAACCCUUCUUGUGUUCCAAUCAAAUUCAGAAGACCACAAGGGGGUCUCCACAGGGAAAUACGCAGUAGGGUUUUUGUGCACCAUCGGGGCAUCAGCUGGUUUUUCUCUUAACCUAUCCUUGACCCAACUCUUUUUUAAGAGGGUCAUAAGAAAGGAGACGCUUACGGCAAUUUUGAACGUGCUUGUGUACCAAUCUUUAGUGGCCAGUUUGAUUAUUGUGGUGGGGUUGUUUGUGAGUGGAGAGUGGGAGCACUUGGGAAGAGAGAUGGAUGAAUAUAAGCUUGGGAAGGUUAGCUAUAUGAUGAACUUGAUCGGGACGGCAAUUUGUUGGCAAAUGUUUGGAAUCGGCGCGAUUGGAUUGAUAGUAGACGCGUCAUCUUUGUUCGCGAACUCGAUUAGUGUAGUGGGGUUGCCGAUUGUGCCCAUUUUCGCGGUCGUGUUCUUUGGGGAUAGGAUGGAUGGGAUCAAGGUGAUAUCUAUGCUCUUAGCCAUUUGGGGGUUCCUUUCUUAUGUGUACCAACAUUACUUGGACGAUGCCAAGUUGAAGGCUCAAAGGAAUAGUGUUGGUGGGGAUGAGGUAAAUGUAAGAUCACCACUAAAUUCUCCAAAAACUGGUGAAUGAUUGAAGAUGGCGGAAUGUUUUAGUUUGUGUUUAGCUAAGUAGUAGAGACAGGUAAUUUCUUGCUGUAACCACUUGGUG